UUCUGUUUUCCCCUCCUGACGAUUUAGUUGAAGUCCAACUUCCGCGUGUGCGUGUCGUUGCUGCCAAAAGGCCUCCCUGCCCGCCAAUCAUGAGAUUGAACUACGCCCCCGCCGUGCCCGCGGGCGCUAGUGCCGAAGUUGAGCAGGUGUACGACAAGAUCCGAGCUCGCAGAGGGCCGGGCGGGCUUUUGCCCCUCGACCUAGGUCUUCUCCAUUCUCCGUCUCUGGCUGAUGGCUGGAACUCGUUGUUGGGCGCCGUCCGGACCAAAAGUUGUCUUCCGGAUGAUCUUCGCGAAAUCGCCAUUUGUCGUCCUGCCAUCCUCAACCGUGCCUGGUUUGAAUGGGCUCACCAUGCGCCCCUCUUGGCGGCGGCCCCUGGGUUCACAGAGGAGCAAUUCAAGGUGGUCAAGCAGCUCGAGCCCCAGUCACAGGGGGCGCUCACAGACAAGCAAUGGGCUGUCCUCCGCUACUGCGAUGCCAUGACGAAAAGCGUCACAGUCUCAGAUGACGACUUUGGGAAUCUCAAAGCGGUGGGAUUUACGGAGCAGGAAAUUGUCGACAUCACCCUGACCUGUGCUGCCUACAACAUGGUCAGCCGGUUUCUAGUCGCCUUGGACAUAGGAGAAGCCAACAACAAGGUUCCAGAAUUCUUGACCACCACCUAGCGAAUAACCGCAAGAGAAUGAACAUCGGGAGCCUAUUUAGCUAUUCCGGUUUUCGAAAUUCUGGU